GCAGCACGACAAGGAAGUCGAAGAGGAAGCAGCCAUGCAGGAAAGGGCUGAUGAGGAGGUAUACCAGCGGAUGCAGGCCAGCCGUCUACAAGACUGGGAGGACUGGGCGAUGACAAGUGAAAUGAAUGAGACCGGUGAAGCGGGUCAGGGUAGUGAUGGUCCUGGGGCGUCACCAAUGGUCACCAUGACGAUGUCCCACGUGCUCCUUGGACCAGGGUCUGCCCCGCAAGUCAUGGGACCGCCGACGCCGGAAACGGUCCUCGUGCCCCACAACCAGAUCGAGAACCAGAUGGCGAUAACGGAUGACCCCGUGAACCUGGACGAGUUCCUUACGUCGGAACAUGGCCAAAGAUGGUUCAGGAACUGGCAGUCAGGGCAAGUUGACAGCGACAUGGUUGCUGCCAGGUGGGGCAAGGAGGUUCUCGAAUUGUUCAUAGUGACCAAAACUAUUGAGGACGACCCCGGUGCCCUGGACACACAAAGGAAACCGGAAGGUGAGGGAAGCAAGGAAGACAAUGUGAAGGCAGCAGGGGAUCAUGGGAGCAGGGACAAGGCUGUGGGUCUCGUGGAACCUGAAACUGAGAUGGCAGGGCACACCCAGGCGGACCAGGAAGAGACGCAGGACGUGAUGGACGAGGAAAAUGAGGACGAGCAGGAUGAAGAUGUG